AUGACGCCUACGCCUACAUAUUUAAUACACAAUUCAAUAUUGGUUUCUUUUUCCCAAAGAAAGACCAAUGCGACUUGUGUGAAUCAUUUAAAAACGCGCCUGACGAAGAAAAAGAAAAAAUUACAAUGUCAGUAUAAGUCACAUCAAGAGGAAAAAGAACUAAGUAGAACUGAGAAAGCUUCAGACAAAGAAAAAGCAAAAGAAGAUGGAUCAAAUACAGUUUUGGUAAUGUAUGACCUACAAGCUGUCCUGCCAGUACCUAUGGGACAAACAUCAGCUUUUUACUAUAAAUCAAGAUUAAAUUGUUUUAAUUUUACGAUAUCAGAAAUAGGCAAUGACAAGACAUCCUGUUACUUCUGGCAUGAAGGUCUAGGACAUAGAGGAGCAGUCGAAAUUGGUUCAUGUGUCCUUUCAUUUCUUGAAGAAAUCGCUAAUACACAUCCUCAAUCUGACAUAAUUCUUUAUUCCGAUAACUGCGGUGGUCAGCAAAAAAAACAGAUUUGUCCUUGCAAUGUAUUACUACGCAAUUAA